AUGGCGCGGCUGAGGCACCCCAACGUGGUGCUCUUCAUGGGGGCGGUCACGCGCCCCAACCAGCUCGCCAUCGUGACCCAGGGGAGCCUGUACCGGCUGCUGCACCGCGCCAAGGCGGACCUGGACCCGCGGCGGCGGCUGCAGAUGGCCCUCGACAUUGCGCGGGGCAUGAACUACCUCCACAGCAGCCGCCCCGCCAUUGUGCACCGCGACCUCAAGAGCCCAAACCUGCUGGUGGACAGGGACUGGACUGUCAAGGUCUGCGACUUUGGCCUGUCGCGGGUGAAGAGCACCACCUUCCUCACGUCCAAGUCCCACGGCGGCACCCCAGAAUGGAUGGCCCCCGAGAUUCUCCGCAACGAGCCCUCAGACGAGAAGUGUGACGUCUAUUCAUACGGCGUCGUGCUCUACGAGCUCGUCACCGGCCAGGAGCCGUGGCACAGCCUGAACCCUAUGCAGGUCGUCGGCGCCGUCGGGUUCGCCGGCCAGCGGCUGCAGCUGCCGCCAGAGCUGGACCCCGCGGUCGCGGCCAUCAUCCUGGCGUGCUGGAAGACGAACAGCCGCGACCGGCCGAGCUUUGAGCGGGUGCUCGACAUGCUCAAGCCGCUGAAGGAACUGUCAGUGGUGGGCGCGGCGGCCGCGGCCGGCACGGGGUUCGCCGGCGGCGUGGUCGGCGGCGGCGAGGGCGGCGGCACGCUGGGCGGGCCGCGGGGCGGGACACUGGGCGGGACGCUGGGCGGCGCCGGCGGGACGCUGCGCGGGGGGCCGGCGGCGGAGGCGCAGUCGCCGACGGGGUCUCGGCUGGGGCAGGACGCUGCACACGGCGCGGCCGAGGAGGCCGCAGCAGACCCCGUGCCGCCGGUGGCCGAGCUGGCGCCUGCGCCACCCGUGGCCGCGCCGCCCGUGGCCGCGCCGCCAGCCGCGGCGGUCGUCGUGGCCGGCGGCGGCGCCGCCCAGGAGUGGGCAUGA